GCAGGGCGAACUGGCCGAGGCAGACCAAUCGGCUUCAGGGUUCUGAGAUCGCUACGUACUGUGGGAUAGAGGACAUCGACGGUCGAUUUCCAAUCUUAUUUCUUCAGCAGUCACAUGCUCCUGUCUAUUCGUCCUCACUUCUAUUCCAAAACACUCCGCUGCUGCUCCUUUAUUAUCCUUGAGCCAUUCGUUUCUCGGUGCUUCCGCUGGAACCCUAAACCUUGAUGGAGGCUGCUGCGCUUUCACGGAUCGGGUUGGCGGGGUUGGCUGUGAUGGGCCAGAACCUAGCCCUUAACAUUGCGGAGAAGGGCUUCCCGAUCUCCGUUUACAAUCGUACGGCGUCAAAAGUUGACGAGACCGUCGGUCGCGCGGCUUCCGAGGGUGGUCUGCCCAUAUCUGGUCACCACUCUCCUGCUGAUUUUGUGCUUUCGAUCCAGCGGCCGCGCUCCAUUAUCAUCCUCGUUAAGGCCGGUGCCCCCGUCGACGAGACCAUCAACACGCUCUCCCAAUUCAUGGAGCCCGGCGACGCCAUCAUAGACGGAGGAAACGAGUGGUACGAGAAUACCGAGCGCCGCAUCCGUGACGCCGCUGCUUGCGGCCUUCUCUAUCUCGGCAUGGGCGUCUCUGGCGGCGAAGAUGGUGCCCGCCAUGGUCCUUCCCUCAUGCCUGGAGGAUCCUUUCAGGCAUACAAAAACAUAGAGAAGAUCGUUACUCGUGUGGCCGCGCAGGUCGAUGACGGACCCUGCGUCACCUAUGUGGGGGAGGGCGGCUCCGGAAACUUCGUCAAGAUGGUUCAUAACGGCAUUGAAUACGGCGAUAUGCAGCUCAUAUCUGAGGCAUAUGACGUCCUGAAGACCAUUGGCGGCCUCUCCAACUCUGAGCUUGCUGAGAUUUUUGCUGACUGGAAUCUUGGAGAGCUCGAGAGCUUCCUCAUCGAGAUCACCGCCGAUAUCUUUAAUGUUAAGGAUGAACACUGUGAGGGAGAUCUAGUUGACAAGAUUCUCGAUAAGACAGGGAUGAAGGGGACGGGCAAAUGGACAGUCCAGCAGGCGGCAGAUCUUUCCAUUGCUGCCCCUACCAUUGCCGCUUCUCUUGACUGCCGUUACCUUAGUGGGUUGAAGGAGGAGAGGGUGUCUGCUGCUAGGAUUCUAGAAGAGGCUGGGAUCAAGGGCGAUGUCAAUGUAAACACCGGUAGAUCCAUUGACAAGAAGAGGCUGAUUGACGACGUAAGACAGGCUCUGUACGCUUCCAAGAUAUGCAGCUAUGCUCAAGGGAUGAACUUACUUAGGGCAAAGAGUGCGGAGAAAGCCUGGAACCUCAAUUUGGGGGAAUUGGCUAGGAUCUGGAAAGGCGGUUGCAUCAUAAGGGCACGGUUCCUGGACAGGAUAAAAAAGGCUUAUGAGAGGAACCGGGUUUUGGCCAAUUUGAUUGUAGAUCCAGAGUUUGCGAGGGAGAUGGUUCAAAGGCAGGCAGCAUGGAGAAGGGUUGUGGGCCUGGCCAUUGAAGCAGGGAUUAGCACUCCAGGUAUGUGCGCCAGCCUUGCUUACUUUGACACAUAUAGAAGAGCAAGGUUGCCAGCAAAUCUGGUCCAGGCACAAAGAGAUCUUUUUGGCGCUCAUACGUAUGAAAGGAUAGACCGCCCUGGGUCAUUCCACACUGAAUGGAAAAAGCUUGCUCGGCAGAACAAGCCGGCCCUUGAUUGUAAUAAUGACGCAACUGCAGAGGUCUCAUUGCAGAAAACAUUGCUCGAAGCAAUUUAUUCGCAUACCAUGAGAACUGGACUAGUCCCAAAUAAAGCACUUUUGUUUACACAAUCGAUGCCCCUACUCUUUCAUGAAGAUUGCUCGAGCUUUCAGCUUGCCAUCAACACAAAAAUUUCAUAUCUUCAACUGCCUCAACUCUUGAUUUAAGAAGAUAGAUGUUAGGGCAUUGCAAAUCCUUCCACUUGUUACUUCUCCAAGCUGCCAACAACCGCCCGCAUUUAUCCUUCUUCUUUCGUGCUACCAACUGUAAGCCUUUCCCUACUUUAGCUAAAGAAUCAACUGCAACAAUAGUGAAUCAUCAUCUCCCUCCUCUUCUUCCUUGUAUUCUCUUUCCUCUUUAUUAUCCUUGAGAUACUGUUGGUUUA